AUAGUCUUUGUAGUCGAAACGUCGUGCAGAUUUUGUCGACGGUUUCCUGUGGCGCAUGCUCAGAGCGAACACCAAGGCUGCUCUGUUGACAAAUAUCGGGGGAGGGACCACUGCGGCUCUGAAGCCGUGGGAGCAGUGAAGGCGGUCUCCCUGUUCGAAGCAGUCGUCAGAAAUGAAGAGCCAACAGAAGAGCCCUGACACGGAUGGCAGUGUUGUUGUCAACGAAGAAGGCUCUGUGGCUACUGCAGAAGACCCAGCAGCUAUCACCACCAUUCAGUCUGCAGCCACCUUUAGUGAUCAACCAAUCAAAUAUCUCUUUAAGACAGAAGGAGCAGGAGGCCAGGUGACCUACAGAGUGAUCCAGGUGUCAGACGGUCAGCUGGAGGCUCAGGCUGAUGGAGCUGCAGCAGUCAGCCUGGUGGCUGGUUUUCCCGCGACCGGUCAGACAGUCACACAGGCUGUGUUCUCUCAGUCUGAGGGGUUGGAGGGAGACAGCAGCACUGAGACACAGUACACCUACUACCCUGCUUCCAUUGCUGAUGCUACAACAGGCACCAUGGUGACCACAGUCCAGGCCUCCGACACACUGCUGGGCCAGACCACACCUACAGGACAGCUUUACGUGAUGAUGUCACCACAGGAAGUUUUGACAUCCAAUCAACGGACAAUCGCACCUCGCACUCAGCCAUACAUAGCUAAGCAAGAAGCUCCUCGGGGUUCCAGAGAUGAGAAACGACGAGCACAGCACAACGAAGUCGAGCGCAGACGGCGUGACAAGAUCAACAACUGGAUUGUUCAGCUGUCGAAGGCCAUUCCAGACUGUAACGUAGACUACACCAAGACCGGACAGAGCAAAGGAGGAAUCUUGUCCAAAGCCUGUGAGUACAUCAAAGAACUCAGACAAAGCAACCUGAAGCUGGGGGAGGACAUCGGCACUCUGGAUCGUCUCAGGAUGGACAACCAGCUGCUCAGACAGGAGGUAGAAGACUGGAAGUCCAAGAAUCAGAUCCUGAGGAAUCUGCUGCGGCAGCAUGGAAUUGUGGGAUCAUCCAGCACAGAUCCCCAGUGAUAAGUCUGUUGCCAUCGGCUGUUUUGACGACAACCACACAUGGGCCAAAAGAGUACUUGAAAAAUCUUUGAGAUGCUUAAAUUGUAACUUUGUGCAUGUAACUUGUUAUUCAAAUUUUAUAUCAUUGCCAUUAUCCACAUUCACUCUUUGCUACGGAAAAAAAAAAUACCAUGUCAAAUAAUUUUAAGUAAUAUCAUCAUUCAAUAGUUUCCUUUAGGAGCCUACGUAUUUUACAUGAACAUCCAGUACAGUAAGCUCUACAGCUCGACCAACUUCUAACAUCAGCUUGCUUUUCCUCAUCCCUUUAUAAGCGCACUAGUGUAAAUUUUAUUGCAAAAAUUUAUUUUAUAUCUCAUAAAUAUCAUUUUGACCAGUCCACAUCAUGUUUUUAGAACUGCUUGAUUUGCUUUGUAUCCUUGAAUGUUUAACAAUUCCUAACUGGAGACUAUAAACACACUGCUGCAAUAUAACUAGAGGGUUUUUGGUUAGUGUUGCAUUAGGAGGUUAAAACAUGGCAUUUCAUUCAUGUAGUCCAUAAUUAAUAUGCUGUCUAUAAACCCACUUUAUGCUCUGUUUAUUAAAGUUCAUAAAUAAGAAA